AUGGCGGCGCGAAUGUUGUGCAGGCUUUCAAUGACAAACGAUGGUCCAUUGCCUUCUGUUUCAACUCUACGGACCAUUGCACGAAACUUUAACAGUACCUCCAUUUGGGGAACUAAGAAAAUUGAUGUAUCUAAAUCUGGCAACACAACAGUGAUAAAGGGUGUCAAGCUUGAACCAAAGACACAAGAGAAAGUGCGUACGAUUAAAGCACCGUCUGGGUGUCCAUUGUGUGAGUUUCAGAAUACUCUGACAUACACAGAUGUGCUUAUCUUACAACAGUUCAUAUCCCCCGAUGGACACAUCCUUCCAAUGCAUGUAACUGGGAUGUGUUUUACAAUGCAGUGGAAGCUGGACAAAACUCGUUGUUGUCUAGCAGUUAGACGCUUGCCUGCAGGUCUGCUGCCCAACUACAAACCAAAUCUUCCUAUCAAUGAGGAUCCAACAAAAUAUGAUAAAAAUUACAAGUGGAGAAAGAACAAUGUGUAUUAUGAAGACUUUAGUAUUGAAAACCCAUUAUAA